AUGGCUGCUCAACUCUAUAAGACAUCUUCCGGUCAUUUAUUUCAUGCAGGGCGAAUUGCCAUAAUCACAGUAGGAUUACCUGCAAGAGGAAAAACACAUGUCUCUCAUUCUUUGUGUCGAUACCUUCGUUGGUUAGGUGUAUCCACCAAAGUAUUUAGCUUAGGAAACCAUCGUCGUCAAGUGUUGGGCACGGCUGCAAAUUUGCCACCUGGUUUCUUUAGUCUUGAAAACCGGGAAAGUGCCCAAGUACGUCACAAUAUUGCAGUUGAAUGUUUAAAUGAAAUGAUCGAGUGGUUAAAAGAAGAAGGUCAGGUCGGAAUUUUUGAUGCCAGCAAUACGACUGAAGAAAGACGUAAGGAAGUACAUGAUACGUUGAUUUCUCACGACAUUCAGCCUGUUUUUAUUGAGUCGAUCUGCGACAAGCCAACAAUCAUCGAAAACAACAUUCGAAGCGUAAAGAUAACUUCGCCGGAUUAUAUUGGUUGGGAUCCCGAAGAAGCCGUUAAAGAUUAUUGGGCACGCAUCAAUAAUCACCUUGGUUUCUAUCAAACAAUAACCGAUCUGUCAUUAAGCUUUGUAAAAAUGAUUAACGUCGGGGAUCGCAUUAUUGUAAAUAAUGUGAAAGGGUAUCUGCAGUCUCGCAUUGUGUUCUACCUGAUAAAUUUGCAUAUUAGUCCUCGAAUCAUAUACUUUGCACGGGCAGGUGAGUCGAAUAAUGAAAUAUCACUCAAGACCGAUGCGGAUCUAUGUCCGGCUGGGUGGGGUGAUGAUGAAAGAACCUUGACGAUAUGGACAUCCGCCAGACAAAGUUCCGUUCAAACCGCGAAACCUUUCGAAGAAGGUUAUACUGUUAUAAACCGAGCGCUAAUGGCCGAACUUAAUCUUGGUGAGGUGGAUGGGCUGACAGUCGAAGAGAUUAAGGAAAAAUUUCCCGAGGAAUACGAACUGCAGCAAAAAGACAUGUACCAUCAUCGAUAUCCCAUGGCAGAGUCGUAUCAGGAUCUAGCUGUUCGUCUUGAAUCCACAAUCCUGGAACUUGAACAUGAAAAAAAUGAUGUACUAAUCAUUGCGCACGAGACGGUGUUGAAAUGUUUGUACGCAUAUUUGUUCGAUCGUCCCGAAGAUGAGAUACCUAGAAUUGUUAUCCCACGAAAUUAUUUAAUCGAAAUAAUCCCGUCGGCGUACGGAUGCCACGAGACACGAAUGGAAAUUGUUGAUACGUUCAAUAAUCCUGCUCCAAUCCUAGCGACUAGACUAACCUCAGCUUAA